CAGAUUCUGGGGAGUCCUGAGUUUCCUUUACUGUCGAAAGAAGGAGAUGUCAUGAUCGGAGGAGCCUUUUCUAUCCACAGCAAAAUCAUACAGCCUCAACUUUCCUCCACAGAGAAACCAACACGUCUCACAUGUUCCAGUGUCAACCUCCGGGAAUUCCGCUUUGCCCAGACCAUGAUCUUUACAAUUGACGAAAUAAACAAAAGUGAAUUUCCUCUUCCCAAUGUGUCGAUCGGAUACCGUAUUUAUGACAACUGUGGCUCAACAUUAUCAUCAAUGCGUACAGUGAUGGGCCUGAUGAAUGGUGAUGAGUGGAGUGUGGGAAAAAGUUGCUCUGGUCAAUCAGCUGUUCAUGCUAUUAUUGGGGAGUCAGAAUCCUCUUCAACCAUUGUGCUGUCACGCACUACUGGGCCAUUCAAAAUACCAGUGAUAAGUCAUUCAGCUACUUGUGAGUGUUUGAGUAGCAGGAAAGAGUAUCCCUCUUUCUUCCGAACCAUUGCAAGUGACCUCUAUCAAAGCCGAGCCCUUGCCCAGCUGGUCAAGCACUUUGGCUGGACCUGGGUUGGGGCAGUCAACAGUGACAGCGAUUAUGGCAACAAUGGCAUGGCCAUCUUCCUCGCUGCGGCCCAGGAGGAAGGAGUGUGUGUAGAGUAUACAGAGAGAUUUCACAGGGCAGACCCAAAAAAACUCAUGAAAGUGGUAGAAGUGAUCCGGAGGAGCACUGCCCGGGUCAUUGUUGGUUUCCUGGCCCACGUGGAGAUGAACAACCUUCUAGAGCAGUUGAGUCUACACAAUAUCACAGGCCUGCAGUUUGUCGGUGUGGAGGCCUGGAUCACGGCUGAUAGUCUUGUGACUCCCACCAGCUUCAGUGUGCUGGGAGGUUCACUUGGUUUUGCUGUGCAAAAGGCAAAUAUCAGUGGCCUGGAUGAUUUUUUGAUCAAAGAUUUCUGGGAGACAGAGUUUAAGUGCAAGAAGGAGAACAAGAAUACAAUAAAAGAGACAACACAGUGCAAAGAAAACCAGGAUCUAAUUGAGCUCAAAGAUUAUAAUGAUGAUGUGACAGAGCUGAGAUACUCCAGUAACAUCUACAAAGCCAUAUAUGCUGUGGCUCAUUCUCUUCAUAGCAUCCUAAAGUGCUCUGAAAGUCAGGGGUGUGACAAGACUGUAAAGGUUACUCCCUGGCAGGUAGUGGAGUCUUUGAAGCAGGUGAAUUUUACCAUUAAGAACGGGGACCAGGUGUGGUUUGACAGUACUGGAGCAGCUGUGGCUCGUUAUGAGGUGGUGAACUGGCAGCUUGGAUCGGACGGCUCAAUCCAGUUUAAACCUGUCGGCUAUUAUGAUGCCUCGCUACCUCCUGGACAGAAGUUUGUACUCAAGACUGAAGCUAUAAUGUGGCCUGGAGAAAAGACAGAGUUGCCUGUUUCAGUGUGCAGUAACAGCUGUCAUCCAGGAACGUAUAAAGUCCAUCAGAAAGGAAAGCCUGUCUGCUGCUAUGACUGUUUACCAUGUGCGGAGGGAGAAAUCAGCAACACCACAGAUUCAAAUGACUGCAGGAAGUGUCCUGAAGAAUAUUGGUCCAAUCAAAACAGAGACGCAUGUGUACUGAAAAAUGUUGAGUUCCUUUACUUUACUGAGGUUAUGGGUAUUAUACUUGUAUUUUUCACUUUGUUUGGUGUGAUCCUAACUUUAACUGUGGCCACCGUGUUAAUGAUCUAUAAGGACACUCCCUUGGUGAGGGCCAACAACUCUGAGCUGAGCUUCCUGCUGCUCUUCUCCUUGACUCUGUGUUUCCUGUGUUCUCUGACCUUCAUCGGCCGGCCCUCUGAGUGGUCCUGCAUGCUGCGACACACAGCCUUUGGCAUCACAUUUGUCCUCUGUAUCUCAUGUGUUUUAGGGAAAACUAUAGUGGUGUUAAUGGCCUUCAGGGCGACACUUCCAGGCAGUAAUGUGAUGAAAUGGUUUGGGCCUGCACAGCAGAGGCUCAGUGUUCUGGGUUUCACUUUCAUUCAGGUUCUUAUUUGUAUACUUUGGCUGACAAUCAACCCUCCGUUUCCCUUCAAAAAUAUGAAACACUAUAAAGAGAAGAUUAUUCUCGAGUGUGCUUUAGGAUCACCUGUAGGAUUCUGGGUUGUAUUAGGAUACAUAGGACUCUUAGCUGUGUUAUGUUUUGUACUUGCUUUUUUGGCGAGAAAGCUGCCUAAUAAUUUCAAUGAAGCUAAAUUCAUCACUUUCAGCAUGCUGAUAUUCUGUGCAGUCUGGAUAGCAUUUAUCCCGGCAUAUGCCAGCUCUCCUGGGAAGUUCACUGUAGCUGUGGAAAUAUUUGCUAUUUUAGUCUCCAGUUAUGGGCUACUUCUCUGUAUAUUUGCACCAAAAUGCUUCAUUAUUAUACUCAAACCUGAACUGAAUACAAAGAAACAUCUGAUGGGAAAAACAUUAUCCGAUUAA